AUAUGAUGGUUUGGACCGAAGAGAUUUAGAGGAUUGGAAAGAUAUUGUUGAUAUGCAAAAGGGCUGGAUUGGAAGCUGUGACGGAGUCAGUUUUGAAUUUCCAUUGGAUAACGAAGAAGGGGAAGUGACAUUGUGGACUGACAAACCUGAACUAAUUCCGAGAGCUAAAUUCGUGGCAGUUCCUCCCGGAAGCGUUUUGGAUCUUGAAAAUAAAGGAGAGGGUAAUCGUAAGUUGGAUGUUUAUGUAAGAAACACACUGACAGGUAAACUCUUGCCAGUUUAUAUCACUGAUGAACUUCCAUACCAUGAAGGGUCUGAGGCUCGUAUCGGUAUUCCCGACGUUUAUGAAUGUGAUGUGAGUUUUGCUCAGCGUGUCGGCAUACCAGUGGAUACUACAGAACAAGACAGUGAGUUUGACCGAGAACUUAUCAUCAAGAAAAUUAAAGGAAGAGUGACCAGUUCAAAGAUUAGGGACUGGCUUAUCUCGAGACAACGACAUUGGGGAACGCCAAUUCCCAUGGUGCACUGCAACAAAUGUGGUGUUCAACCUGUGGCCUGUGAUCAGCUCCCAGUAGAACUCCCUCCAGCCAAUACAGUUCUGGAAAAAGGGUCUCAACUGUCUUCCUCUGAAGAAUGGAUUUCUACUUCCUGUCCCAACUGUGGAGGGCCUGCGAGACGUGACCAAGAUACGAUGGAUACAUUCGUUGACUCAUCGUGGUACUAUCUGCGCUAUCUGGAUCCUCACAAUCAGCAUGAACCUUUCAACAAAACAACGGCAUCUAAACUGAUGCCAGUCGAUAUUUACAUUGGUGGCAAAGAACAUGCUGUAUUACACUUGUACUACGCCCGGUUCAUGUCUUACUUCUUGCAUUCGCUGGGUUGGCUUCCUGACUCGGAACCCUUCAGGAGACUUGUAGUUCAAGGUAUGGUCAUGGGCAAGACCUACAGGGUGCAGACCACUGGCAAAUACAUCCCUGCCUCCGAUGUGGACCGAUCAGGUAAAAAGGCGGUGGAGAGGUCAACAGGGCAAGUAGUGGUGGAGUCAUGGGAGAAGAUGAGCAAGUCCAAGCACAACGGAGUGGAUCCUGGCCAGAUGUUCAAGGAGUAUGGCAUCGACUCCACACGACUACUCAUGUUGGGAAGUGUGGCACCCACCUCGCAGCGUAACUGGGAUGAUGCGACAUUUCCUGGGGUCCUCAACUGGCAGCAUAAACUGUGGCUAACGGUGCAGGAGUUCCGUAAGGCUCGAUCAGAAGCGGAAACUCUACAGAUCCCAGCAGACAUAGCAGCCGCUGAAGCAUCUCUAAGGGACUCUCGCAACUACUACCUGCGUGGCAUCACCAUGAGUUACCAGGUCACCCACCAGUUCAACCGUGUCAUCUCCAAGAUGCAGGGGCUAACUGGAGAUAUCAGGAGAUUUGGAGCGGAGUACAAGGCCCAUUGUGUGGAGUUUGAGAGGGCUCUAGCGAUGCAAGUAGUAGCUCUUGCUCCUAUUGCUCCCCACUUCUCUGCAGAGUUGUGGGCAGGACUUGCAACCUCAGCAGGGCUCAAGACUACAUCAGAGUUCAACUGGUCCAGACCUGCUCACCUGCAGGCGUGGCCUUGUCUGGACAGUGAUUACAAACGAGAGCUCACUUGUUCGGUUAAUAUGGCAGUCAAGGACACGUUGAAGAUAAGCCAGGAACAGCUGGAACAGAUGACAGAGUCAUCUGCUACUAAGUUGGCGCUCUCCAGUUCAGAGGUGAGACUAUACACGGAUCAAUCUCCUGUGUUACAAACUCGUCUCAAGAUAUACCCUGGUCUCUGUGCUGUUGUGGAUCUCAGUGUGGACCACACCAAACUGCAGUUCGACAAGGAACACCACAAAAAGAAGCGGAAACAAGCCAGGAAAAAGGGUGUCAAUAAAUAGCAUUAAUUUUUAUAUGUUGGUUGAUUAGUAAAAUUUAUUAAGUUAA